AUGCCAGCUUAUGUUGAUUAUGUUGACUUGAGUGUUGCUGCUGGUCCUUUGAGAUCGAUAGGCUUUUUAGUGUUUGAUCCCCGACCCUGUGAUGAACUCAAAUUGCCUUGGAUUGUUGCCUUUGUGUUGUUGCCUUGGGAUGAUUUGCUUGUGUCCCUGACUUGCUUCUUUCUCUCGUUGCCCUGUGUGUUGCCUAAUGAUGAAAAGGAUUGUGGCAUUAGCAGGUUUCAGCUUGAUGUUUUACAGGGUAAGGGUUUUGAGGUUAUGAUAGCAUGUUAUGUGAGGUUUUGA